AAAUUCGAUCCCAAUGCAUCAAAAUAUUAAUGGCGGCAUCAAUGAGGCUAUGCUACAACUCAACCAACUUAUAAAUCUAACUGAUGACAAAAAUCAUCGUUCAAAAUUAUCAUCGAGUUCUCGCACUCAUUCUCAUUCUAACAUUCACACACAUUCUCGUUCUCGUUCUAGUUCUAGUUCCAAUCAAUCUUCUUCACCUCCAAAUAAUAUCAAUAUCAGUCGUAUUAAUAAUGUCAAUAAUAUCAACAGAAUUGUCAAUAGAAGUAAUAAGAAUACUAUCGGUAAUAACAUUUCUCAAAAUAAAACCAACAGAAACGAUAUAACUAACUUCACCACCACUAAUGAUGAAAAUGAAAAUAAUCUCGCAAAUAUUAAUCAAGAAUCAAACACUUCUCACCCUUAUCCUCACUCAAGAUCCCACUCUCGCUCUCAUAGUAGUACCAAUAACAUUGAUGAAAAUGACAAUAACCUCAGUUUUAUGUUUCCCAACAAUGAUGAAAAUAGAGAUGGCAAUAAUUCAAGCGCAAACAUAACUCCAAACAUGAGCCAUAGUAGCUUGCCAUUAGAUGCAAAUAUGCAAAAUGCUCUUGAUGAAGCUCUAUCAGAUUCUGCAAAUUUAUCAACUAAAAAAAGAACCCAGUCUGUAAGAAAAAGAUACACACCAACUUAUCGAUUUAUUCGUAACGUCAAAAAUGUCGAAGAUUUGGUUAAAGAGUAUUUGCAUGGUGAUAAAAACCAACCACCCGUUCAAUCACUAGAAAAAAGAUAUGGUUCUUUAUGGAGAGGUGGGUCUCAUCAUCCUAUCUCCAAGCAAUAUCAAAGAAGAAAAAAUAUUUAUAAUGCUAUUGAGCUUGGUCUAAAUAGAAAUUACUCAAUUGAAAGGAUCAUUAAAGUCUUGGAGGAUAAAAGAACAAUGUUAAAUGAUAAAAAUGGUAAAGCAUACAAGAAAAGUAUGACUUGGUUGCAAGAAAACAUUCCUCUGGAAUUAUUAUGAGCUUCUAAUCCCUUUUUUCUAAUUACUUUUUUUAAUUUCUAAUUUUAUUUUGUUGUUUUUUUGAUUGAUUUUGAUUUAUUAGUUUUCACUUUGAUUUUGAUUUUUU